UUGCAAGUUGUAAUCCAUAGGUCACUCUCUCUGAAUGGUGCUUGUUUAAGAAAUCACAUAGCAAUAUAAGGACGGAUUUGAACAUGUGGUUAAAUUGUUAAACAAACCUUUUCUACGUCUGUAUCCAAGUGGUCUUUUCCUUCGUUGCCUCUACUGUGUGAGAAUCUGCUAUGUUACUGGGUCGAUCAUAUUUUGCCCUCCGUACAGUUUACCGACGAGCAAGUAGUGUUACUAACAGUGUUUCUCAUAAAGUGAAAAAGUGUUCUACAAAGACAGCUAUGAAUGCAUAUAUCCGAACCAAAAAUGAAGAGCGUGUAGAGAUACAAUUUCAAUAUGUAGAUUCUAACCUAGGUCUAGACCGCUGGUUUAAUUUCAAUCGCUCACUGGAUGAUAGUGUGCAACAAAUUAAAGAAAAAAUUAUAGCAAACAUAGAUAAAGCAUGCCUGAAGUAUAAGAAAAGGAAGCUAAAAAAAAAUUCUACUGCUGCUAUGGACGAGUUUAAGUUAGAUGUUGAAGUCAUGCAAAAUUCAGAAAUAAUAGCUCCAGAGGUUUCAUGCAGAGAAAUCCUUACAAUGCCAAAUGUUUUUAUUGUACUGAAUGGCCAAUCAUACCAUUUAGAUAUUAAUCCCCCAACAGUAAAAACUUUAAAACUGCCAAAAUCAAUCAUGGCAGGAUAUCCGGUUUAUCCAAGUAAGUUAGAAGUAGAAUAUUGCACUGUAUCUGAUUGUGAGUUCCUUUGGUUCAAGACCAAUGAGCUUGUUGACCUGGCAUCAGAAGCCCAGUCUGAAACCUGGAUUCAAGUGGGAACAGGAUUCUCUUAUACCACUUCUAACUGUGACAUUGGGAAUUGGCUGAAAGUACAAUGUAUUCCAAAGACAUCUUCGAAAAUUGGUUUACCUGAGUGUACAAUCGCUUCGCAAGUAGUUGAAGCUGGACCUGGAAUAUGUCCCUUCGAAAUACGCCACAAUUUCACGAAAAAAUUCGUUGAAAAUGAUGGAUUUCGAGUAGUUACCUACAACAUUCUUGCAGACUUGUAUGCUGAUUCUGAUUAUACAAGAACGGUUCUUCAUCCUUACUGCCCUCCAUACGCUUUGACUAUUGACUACCGGAAGCAACUUAUCUUGAAGGAGUUGCUAGGAUACAAGGCUGAUAUCAUGUGCCUUCAGGAAGUUGAUAGUAAAGUCUUUGAUGCGGAUCUCAAACCUAUCUUCUCCUCGCUGGGGUUUGGAGCCGAAUUUAGCAAAAAAGGAGGCCAAGUGAGCGAAGGAAUGGCUUGCAUAUUCAACGCAUCCAAAUUUCAGUUGGUACAGUCAUCUAGUCAUAUCGUGGCAGAAGAGUUGUCAAGCAAUCCGUUGGUAGCGGAUCUUUGGGUUGCUGUACAAAAAAACGAAAACUUAUCUAAACGUAUUCUUGAACGGACGACUUCGUGUCAACUCCUUGUGUUGGAAUCUGUAUUCAACGCGAAACGCAUUGUCGUGGCCAAUACGCAUCUUUAUUUCCAUCCUGAUGCAGACCACAUUCGCCUCUUACAAUCCUGUGUCACACUUAGAUUAGCACAGGAACUGCGUAAUCGUCAAUUGGAUUUGGGGAAAGAGGUAUGUCUUCUCUUCUGUGGCGAUUUCAACAGUUGUCCGGGAUCAGGAGUUUUUGAGAUGAUGACAUUGCAAAACAUAGACAGCAACAAUGACGCUUGGUCAAGCAAACCCGACGAAGCAGUACUAGAUUUAUCUCUGCAUAAUCCGAUUGCAAUGGAAACUGCUUGCGGAACGCCGCCAUUUACAAAUUAUACCAGUGGUUUCAGUGGUUGCCUAGAUUACAUUUUCUUUGAAAAAUCAAAACUCUACGUUGAACAGGUUGUUCCUCUCCCCAGUCUGGAUGAAGUAACCCAACACUGUGCACUUCCAAGCAUAGUCUUCCCCUCAGAUCAUUUAGCGUUAAUAGCAGAUCUUAAAUGGGUGUGAUGUGAACAGUUGUUCGGGUGGAGCCGUAAAUUCUGAAUGCAAACACCAUGCUUUAUAAAAAAAAUUGCGGAAGCUGCAUAUAAUUAUAUCGGCACAAUAAAUGAAAUCUUCAUGGCA